UAUGGUUAUUAAUAACCUCAAAUAGUUGACAGGUAAUCAAAUUUUUUCUAGUGUACAGCAUAGGUGCGUAAUGAAAAAGUUUAAAUGUAAAUUAUUAAACUUACGAAACCGCUAAAAUUGUCACUCAUAAUAAAAAAACCUUAUGUUAGGAUUACAAAAAAAAAAAUUAAUAGGGCUGUAUGGACCUAGCAUCCUUUGCCCGUCCCAAACAAGGGGGACAAAUUAACCAAAAAAAAAAAAAAAAAAAAAAAAAAAUUAAAUACCUGCUGAUGUACCUUUUCAACCAGUGAGUAUUAUAGCGUUCCUUUUGUUCGUUCAAAUUACAGAAAAAUGAAGAAUGUUCAAGAAGACACUCCUCCGUCGUCAAUCAAUGGUGAUGAAAUAUCAAAUAUGGAUGAAGAUGGAAUUGUUUACUAUGAAGAAAUGGAAGAAGUUCAAUUUGAUGAUGAAAUAGAUGGUGAAGAAGAUUACACAGAUAUCGAACCACCCGAGGAUCAUGCAGCUUUAGUGUUUGAUAAGCAUUCAGGUUCUGUUUUCUGUGGCAACUUACACCCAGAGGGCAAGUUGGCAGUUACAGGUGGAGAGGACGACAUGGCCCAUGUUUGGUCAACAGAAACUGGUGAAAUUGUAAUGAAAUGUGAUGGGCAUAAGGACUCUGUGAUAUUUGCUGAGUUUAGUUUUUGUGGCACUUAUUUGGCUACAGGAGACAUGUCCGGAGUGAUCAAAGUUUGGCAAUGCAAUGAGAACCCACAACACCCAUGGCCCGUAAUAUUUGAAUAUGAAGCUGGUGAUUUAUCGCUUGGCUUCUGGCAUUUUGGAGCUAGAGUAUUGAUAGUUGGCACUGACAGUGGUGAUAUUUUUAUUUUCAAAAUCCCUACUGGUGAAACUAAAGUAUUACAAGGUCAUAAUAUCAAGAUUGAAUGUGCUAAGGUAUUUCGUGAUGGAAAAAGACUAGCAGCUGGAUAUGAAGAUGGUGCAAUGAAGAUAUGGGACCUCAAAAAUUGUCAAGUAAUCCAUCAAGUUCCCUCUAACAUACAUCAAAUGAGAAUAACAGAUGUUGACACGCAUCCUGAAAACAACUUAGUAGCUUCUAUAUCAACUGACGGAAAGGUUGUGUUAACAGCAUCAACUAGUGGAAAAGUAGUUAGUCAACUUCAGACAGACAAUGAUUUGGAGGUUGUAAUAUUUUCACAUGAUCCACAAUUAGAUUAUUUUGCAAUUGGCACUUUGAAUGGCUCUGUAAGUAUAUGGGAUUCCACAAGACAAAUGAUCCGUUAUCACUGUUCAAAGACUGGUGAUGAGGAUGCAACUGGGGUCACAAAGAUGCUCUGGAUUAAAGAUCACUUGGUGACUGCUGGCUUGGACGGUUCAGUGACAGUAUAUGAAGGAAGAUCUGGGAAAAAGCUACAUGUCUUCACAGGACAUGCGUCAGAGCUUCUAGAUAUGUGUUAUAAUGACAAAGCCAAUAUACUUCUUACUACAUCUGAUGAUGGUACAGCCAGAAUAUUUAAAUAUGAAUUUAACAAAGAAAACGAUUGAACUGUAUAUUUUACAGUAACUAGGCAUUUAAUAAUUAUAGAUAAAUAUAUUUUUAUAAUGUUGAUAUUAUAAUUAAAUGUUGUACAUAUUAACUGAAUGUAAUAAUUAAAUAGAUAAGCUCAUAUAUAA